GCAGGGCGGCGGGAUGUCGCCACACUCUCAUGUUGGGGCAACAGCCCCCUGCCCGCACCCUGGGGGGGAAACACAGGGUCCAAAGGCGAUGGUGCCAUGCAUUGAUCAGACUCCAGAUGAAACUAUUCAGGGAACACAAUUGCCAAUUAUAGGAAGGAAGGCUUCGGUGCGUGACUGCAGGAACAUAUUCAGGCAAGAAUUGAAACGGAACCAAGAAUGUACGCCGCUCUCAACCAUCACCGUGAGGUGGUUACCCAGUAAGGACAUGCCUGAGAUGCUACACAGAUGGGUCAUCCUCCAGGAUCUGUGCAAGUAUGGACCCAUCGACUCAGUCAUCUUCACCGGAGAGAAAUGCAGCCAAGUUGUGUUCAGCAACAUCCUGUCAGCGUGCAAGGCAAUUAACUGUCACUCAGUUAGACAUCCAAAAUACCCUUUUUAUUGUUUUUGGUACUAUCCUUUUAUGAUGCAAAGUUACAGAUUUUGA